UGCACUUGUCUGGCUUUCUCAGGACCCAGGAAGCUUCCAGAGCAGUGGGAGACUUGUCCCCAGCAGCCCAGGAUGAUCCUGAAGGCUGUGAUCCUGAGCCUGGCCCUGGUGGCUGUCUCUGGUGAUUCGGAAGUACCUCCAGGUAAAUGGCCUGAGGUCAGCGACAAACAGGUGGCCGCCGUGGUGUGUGACUACUUCAGCCAGCAGAACACCACUGCCAAGGAGGAAGAGGAGCAGAAAUCCGAACUGACCCAGCAGCUUGAAACACUCUUCCAGAAUUACUUCUGGGCAAGACUCCAGGACAAGCCCUACAUCUACGACGUGAAGGAUCUGGUGCCCUUUGCCGUCAGCCUGCACCUACGCCUCACCCAGGAAUCGGACAAGCUGAAGGAGGAGAUCCGGAAGGAGCAGGAAGAGCUGCGGGCCAGGAUGCUGCCCCACGCCCAAAAUGUGAGCCAGAGCAUCGCGGACUACUUGGUCCUGAUGAGGGAGGUCGUUGAUCAAUACCUCAACAUGAUAAAUCAGAUCAUCACUGGUAAGAGGCAGGGGUUGGAGAAGGGGGUACCGCUCAUCUUAAACCUCAUCGAGACAGCGCUGCGUGACAAUGGGGAGGACCUGCCGGCCUUUCUGACGUCCAUCACCGACAGGGUCAAGAAUGAAACCAUGGGCAGGAUCAUUAUAUUUGAGGCAUAUCAAUUAGAAUAUGAAAAAUUUCUCAUGGCGGGAAUUGACCAGAAGAUAGAGGAGCUGCGCCGCAGCCUGGCCCCUUUCGCACAGGACAUGCAGGACAAGCUGGACCACCAGCUGGAGGGCCUCUUCUUCCAGAUGAAGAAGCACGCCGACCAGCUGCAGGCCAACAUCUCUGCCGGGUACCAGGAACUGUGUCAGCGGCUGAAGAACAUAAUAGAUGACACGCAGAAAACGCUGAGGGGCAACUCGGAGGAGCCGCAGAAGGCUGUGGCCGAGAUGGGUAAACAAUACGACCAGCAGUUGGAGGAAUUCCAGCGCACUCUGGCCCUUUAUAAAGAGCCUUUCGAAAAAGCCAUGGUGCAGCUGGUGGAGGAGUUUGGACGGAAACUGGUGUCGCCCAAUGUGGGGGAGGGGGAAGACUAUUUGAUCUUCCUGGAGAAGGACCUGAAGGACAAGGUCAAGUCCUUCUUCAACACCAUCAAGAAGGAGAGUCAGGAGAAGCACCCUGCCCUGCAGAAUCAGGACAAGAACUAACCCUCCUGGAGCAGGCACAGACCCCGCCCCUUUGGAGCGGAGACCCGCCCACUAAGAAAACGGCCCCGCCCCUCGCAGCAGAGCCACGCCCCUUUAGAACGGAACACGCCGCUCAGAGCAAAGACACGCCCCUUUAGUCUAGCCCCGGCCCUUUGGCAUAGAAGCCUUUGGCCCAGAAAUCUGCCCCUGUAGAAAGCUGAGCUGUCCAUGAUGCUCCAGCUCCUCCCAUGCCAGAGACUCCUGCCUGCUCUGACCCAUCUCCCUGGGGUCCCCACGUGGGUCUGGUUUGAGCUUGGGGACACAGGGCCUGUAGGAAGGAAUUUACCUUUUGCUACUGUAAAUAAAGCAACAG